UCAACCAGCAAGCCGCAUGUGUCUGGUCUCACCAAGCACGACGUGGUCCUCGAUGAGCGUCUUGAGGUCUUGUCGCAGAGUGCCCUCGAAGGUGAGGCCCCUGGGUCUCGUGAGCCGCUGGCCGAGUGCCGGAUGGGCGGUCUCGACCCACGGGAAGCUCUGGUGGUUCCACUGGUGAGUGCCCUUGACCUUGGCGAGGCAGGUCUCGAUCGUCAGGCUGACACCGUCCUGGUCGUCCUUGGCGGGAUCCAUGGGACCCAGCCAAUGCAGAUCCAUCUUCUCGGCAACCUCCUGCACGCACUGCUUGCCCAUGCCGAUGAGCGUCGGCCGGGGGCCGACCUCCACUAUCACCCGUGCUCCCGCCUCGACCAUCGCUCGCAUGCCGUCCAUGAAGCGAACCGGCAGCGUGAUGUGGUUGGCCCAGUACUCGCCCCUCACGACCUCGUCGCCAGCCAUAUUGCCGCUGACGUUGGACACGAGGGGGAUCUUGGCCGUCUUGAGGUUGACUGUCGACAGCACCUGCUGGAAGGGAGCCACAGUCUCACCCAUGAGAGGGGAGUGGAAGGCGUGCGAAACAGUGAGGAGCUUGUAGCGGCCCCCCACGUUGAGGGCCUUCAUCACGGCCUCGACCUCGCUCCGCUUGCCCGACACCACCACACUCUUGGGGCCGUUGACGGCAGCCACAGAGACCGUCUUGGUCUGACCCUCGCCCACACUUGCGAUGCCCUUGAGCACCUCCUCCUCGCUCAGCCGACACGCGGCCAUGACGCCAUCAUUCUGGGGUGCGUCGUUCAUGAUUCGUGCUCGUUCUGCGAUGAGCCUGAGUCCGUCCUCGAGGCUCAUGACGCCUGCGAUGGUGGCGGCCACGUACUCGCCCAGGCUGUGGCCCAUGACCACAUCGGGCGUCACACCACGGCUCCGCAGCAGCUGAGCCAACGAGUACUCGACCGCAAAGAUCAGCGGCUGGGAGAACCGAGUCUGGUCGAUCAUCUCCUGCAUUUUGAUCUUCUCCUUGUCGUUCUUGGGGUAGAGGAUGCCCGUGAGCGGAACGGGCAGCAGCGGAUCCAGGAUGGUCGCGCACUCGUCGAUGCACUCCCGGAACACCUUCUCGUUGUCGUAGAGCUUGCGGCCCAUGUCGACGUACUGUGAGCCCUGCCCAGUGAACAUGAACCCGAUUUUGUUCUGCAACGCCACCGAGGCCUUGUCCUUGUUGAGCAUCUCAUCGAUCUGCGCCGCACUGAGCGCCUUGGCCUCCACCAGGAUGUGGGCAUUGGCGCCACCGAAUCCGAAUGAGCUCACGUCGCCGACCAUGCGGUCCUUGCCUGGCAGGCCGGACACCAGCGGCACUGGCUCGGUAGGGAAGACCACUGGGAAGGUGUCGUUCAUCGAUAUGUCGGGGUUCAG